CCACUGACUUACUGGCGAAGGAAACCGACCUCUAUAUGUCAAUUCAAGAAUUCAAUUCCCAAUAAUCUAUCAAACCCAACAAGAAUUUCCGACCGUCUCUCAAGCACAUAAACCUUCGAGUUGCUAAUUUGAUAUGGCUAAUGAGGAGGUGAAGCUGUAUGGCGCAUGGGGGAGCCCAUUCAGCAGGAGAGUGGAGAUAGCCCUCAAGCUGAAAGGAGUCCCGUACCAGUUCUUCGACGAAGAUAUGGCCAACAAGAGCCCGGACCUUCUCAAGUACAACCCGGUUCACAAGAAGGUCCCCGUCCUGGUCCACCGCGGGAAGCCCAUAGCAGAGUCUCUGGUUAUACUUGAGUACAUCGACGAGACUUGGAAGUCGGCCUACCCUCUCUUGCCUGAGGAUCCAUACGAUAGAGCCGUGGCUCGUUUCUGGUCUAGGUUCCUAGAUGAGCAGUGCUUUCUUGCCUCGUGGAAAGCUGCUCGGAGUGAGGGGGAGGAGAGGGCGAAGCUGAAGGAGGAAGCCCAUGGUCACCUCAAGACACUCGAAGAGCAGCUCAAGGGCAAGAAGUUCUUCGGAGGGGACAGCGUUGGUUUCUUGGACAUCUCGGCGAACUUCGUGGCAUAUUGGAUCCUUAUCAUUCAGGAAGUCGCGGGUGUCAAUUUGUUCACGGAGGACAAGUUCCCAACGCUGUGGAAAUGGGCUGAAGAGUUCAGGUGCUGCCCCAUUAUAAAGGACAAUCUGCCUAAGAAAGAGAGACUGUCCGCCUAUCUAAAAGCCCGCUUCGGAUUCCAGAACGCUUCCAAGUAGGCAGUACAUCGGCCGACUAUGCCCGUUGCUGGUUGUCCAAAGUUUCUGCUCUGGACCAUAGUAGGUCCGUUGAGUCUCUGCCAACUGAAGUCUUUACUAGAGGUUUUACUUAUACUUGAGGCAGGUCAGAUCCAGUCUGUAUUAGGCCGACUAUAGAAAUAAAGUUGAUAAAGUUAAGCUCAAGUAAUAUCUAGUUCUGAUGUCAAUAAAAUCGGACUGUUUCAAAUGGCUCGGUAUAGUAUAUCGGACCAUCACAUGUUCAGUAAGUCAGUCUGCUGUUUCAUUUCAAUGAAGGCAUAGAAAGUGAUGUCUCUUGCUUUUGUUGUUUACAGUUGGAGCAAAAACAUAUUGUUGUCUACAAUAUACUAGUGUUCUAACCCGUGCAUUGCACGGUUCUGCUUU